GAUCCAUACCCCACAGUUUCUAGACACUAACCCAACGACCGGACAUCCAACACGAUGGGACUUCCUUGGUCACACUGGAACUCUGCCCCCGUGCCCGAACCUCGACCUCAGACUGACCCGUUGGACUCUGCGACGUUCUACCACCCAGCCAUGCUCAAGCGGGUCGUCAAGGACUACGUGGAAGAGGCCACCAACUAUUCCCCCGAUUUCGCUGGGGAGGAACAGUUACAAGCGAUCGCUCAAUACUGUCAAGCUCCCGAGUUGUUGGAGAUCGUGCUGGACGUAUUGAGCGAACGGAUGAAGUGCGCCUGGCCCUGGAACAUCAAGUCUCUGGACAUCCUUCACUACCUCCUGCAAUCCGGUCUGCAUCUCCCUCGAACGCAACCUCGCUCCCGAACCAUUCUCUCCACUCUCCAGAAUCUCUCUCAGAACCCUACUAAUGAUCCCGAGGGCACUGCGGGAUACGUCAAGGGGAAAGCUGGAGAAUGUCUGGUCAGCGCUGGACAUCUGCCCGGAUCGACGAGCAUGAACGGGCUGAACGGAUGGGCUGGGUUGAACGGGGCUGCAAGUGGAUCUAGGAGCGGGGGUUCGGACGGUUUUUGGGGCUUCGGGUGGGGUCGGAACAAGGAUCGCGAAUGGGAAAGGGAGAAGGAAAAGGAGAAAGAGAGGGAACGUCAACUCGCCGCGGAACAACUAAAGAAACAGAAGGAAUGGAUGGCUUAUCAACAAAAGCUGGAACAGGAGGCUGCUGCCGCGGCUUCGGCUUCCGCUUGGAAAGGGUUAGAUAGGCCUAAAGGGUGGAAAAUCGGGUCGACGAGCAAGGUCGGGGGCAAAGCGCCCGCUGCGGCAAACCCGUUCGAGUGGAAAGAGCCGGCAGGGACUUCGGCCUGGGUCACCCCACUCAAGGACGGCAGGGGCUUCUCAUUCUCGACAACCACCGUGACCGAAGGACCCCCAUCCGCUGAUCACUUCCAGCAACACCAAACCAAUCACGCUUCCUUACUCGAGGAGACGUUGAAGAAGAGAAGAUAACGAUGGCAUACUUAUUUGCCAUCCUAGACCGUACCAUUCAGUUCUGCAUCGUCAGAUGUCAUUCAUAUUCGCUUUGGGGUUUCUUACACUCCGUCUCCCAUACCCUCGCAUGUGGAGAAAGCAAGCCGUGGGCUGCCGAUUAUCGCAAUUUGUAUGUAUUCGACUGACAUGAUGAUACAAACUGUCGCCACCUUUUUUGGCAAUCACAAC